CCCCUCGCUCACUGUGCGGCUCUCUCAUCUGACGGGCUGAGAGGCUGAGCAGCCUGCGAGAGAAACAGCGAGCAGGGAAGAGAGAGGAAACGGAGAUGGCGAGCAUCAACAUGGGGUCGAGACCGCUGCUGCUGCUGCUGGGGCUCGCGUGGCUCCUCAUGGCCGUCCUAACGCCUAAUGUCCGAGGUCUACACAACAACGAUGACCAGAACCAGGACUCCGAGUGCAAGAUGAAGAGCGUCACCGUGUCUGCGCUGCCUUUUUUGAGGGAAAACGACCUGAGCAUCAUGCACAGUCCGUCGGCCUCCGAGCCCAAGCUGCUGUUCUCCGUUCGGAACGAUUUUCCCGGGGAUGUCGUGGUGGUGGACGACCUGGAAAACACCGAGCUCCCGUUUUUCGUCUUAGAGAUCUCUGGGAAUUCAGAGGACAUCCCUAUGGUGCGAUGGAAGCAGCAAUGGCUGGAGAACGGCACUCUGCUCUUCCACAUCCACCACCAGGACGGCAGCAUGAACCCCCCCGAGCCCACCCAAGACCCGGCCAGCGAUUCUGCAAAGGAAGAGCUCCGCAUCCUGCACAUCUCUGUCAUGGGCGGGAUGAUCGCCCUUCUGCUGUCCAUCCUGUGCCUCGUCCUGAUCCUCUACACCCGCCGGCGCUGGUGCAAGCGCCGCCGCAUCCCCCAGCCCCAGAAGAGUGCCAGUGCUGAGGCGGCUAAUGAGAUCCACUACAUCCCCUCGGUGCUGAUGGGGGGCCAGGCCCGCGAGAGCCUGAGGAACUCCCGGGGUCAGGGGCCCAACUCCAGCGGUACCCUCAGCAUCCGGGAGACUCCGAUUUUGGAUGGGUAUGAGUAUGACAUUACCGACCUGCGUCACCAUCUGCAGCGGGAGUGUAUGAAUGGCGGCGAGGAGUUUGCCAGCCAAGUCACCCGUACCCUGGACUCCCUCCAAGGCUGUAAUGACAAGAAUAAUAUGGACCUCACACCUGUGAGCGACAACACAAAGCUGGCCCUAAUGAACAAAUACAAGGACAACAUCAUCGCCACGAGUCCCAUCGACAGCAAUCACCAGCAGAACACGCUGCUCCCACACAACACCUCCACCAGCCAACGCAAGCGUCUCUCCAGCAAUACCCGUGGGGGUUCAACUUUCUUGAACCCCGACGGGGACUCUGGAACGGAGGCAGACAGCGAGCCUCAGCUGGCCUUUUACACCGACCCAAACCGCAGUCGACGCCGGAGUCGAGGUAUGAGAAACGGUAACGCCAACAGCGCGUGGGGCUCAGGGGCAGCAGGUUCCCCACGGAGUCCCAUCAAUAAGACCACCCUGACUUUGAUCAGUGUCAUCAGCUGCGUGAUCGGCCUGGUGUACUCCUCUCACAUGUCCUGCAGCAUCGCAGUACGUGUGAUUCUACACGUUCCAGAGCACCUCAUCGCUGACGGAUCAAGGUUUAUUUUGCUGCAGGGGAGCCAGAUGGACGCAUCAGACUGGUUGAACCCGGCCCAGAUCUUGUUGUAUUACCAACAUAACGCCAGUGGUCCCUGGGCCAACGAGCUGUGUGGACGCCGCCUCCUGGACCCCUGUGAGCACCAAUGUGACCCUGAGACAGGAGCAUGCCUCUGCCUUGACGGCUACAUGAAGGACCCGGUCCAUAAGCACCUCUGCAUCCGCAGUGAGUGGGGGCCCAAUCAGGGUCCCUGGCCUUACACCAUCUUCCAGCGCGGGUUUGAUCUUGUGAUGGGAGAACAGCCCUCUGAUCGCAUUUUCAGAUUCACAUACACCUUAGGAGAAGGGAUGUGGCUGCCGUUGAGUAAAAGCUUUGUCAUCCCCCCCGCCGAGCUAGCCAUCAACCCUUCAGCAAAGUGCAAGACGGACAUGACAGUCAUGGAGGACGCGGUGGACGUAAGAGAGGAACUGAUGAUCAGUUCAUCCUUCGACUCCUUGGAAGUCCUCCUGGACUCCUUCGGGCCGGUCAGAGACUGCACCAAAGACAACGGAGGCUGCAGCCGCAACUUCCGCUGCAUCUCUGACCGGAAACUGGACUCUACAGGAUGUGUGUGUCCUCCAGGGCUGAGUCCUAUGAAGGAUGGGACCGGGUGCUACGACCACCACAUCGGCAUCGACUGCUCCGAUGGGUUUAACGGCGGGUGUGAGCAGCUGUGUCUCCAGCAGCUGGCUCCUCUGGAGGAUGACCCGACACUCUACAACAUCCAGAUGUUCUGUGGGUGCAUCGAGGACUACAAACGUGGUCCAGAUGGGAGGUCAUGUUUGCCGCUGUCGGAGGCCUGCACCGAGGGAAUAGACUGCGCCGAGGCAGUGGACAUCCCCGCUAACCAGACUGUGUUCGGAGACCUUUUCUACGGAUACAACAACCACUCCAAAGAGAGCACGUCUGGACAGAUCCUCAAGGCCACGUUCAGGCAGAAGAACUUUGCCCGAGGCAUCGAGCAACAGCUCCCAGAUGGCAUGGUGGUGGCAUCAGUGCCAACGGAGGUCCAGUGCCAUGAGGAGCUGUCAGACCCUAUUCCCGACCCAGAAUACCUCACAGGUAUGGUGAACUUCAGCGAGGUGUCUGGCUACCCCCUGGUUCAGCACUGGAGUCUUCGCUCUGUGCUGUACCACGUCAAACUCAAUCAGUGGGUCCUCUCUCAAG